CGAAAGGCGAAAACCUUAAUGAGAGCUUCGUCGUCACCUGACCACCAUCAGUAUUCGUUUUUAAAAUUUGACACUGAAAAAAAUAAAAGAGAACGCAACAGAGAGAGUGUGAAGAGCACAACACAACUCCACCACUCCAAAUUCUCAGAUCCAACCCUAACAAACACCGCCAACUCGAACGAGUCAAGACUCGCUGACUCACCCGAUGCCAUCGCCUCACUCUGCGUCCUAGUCAUGCAGACCGCAGCGCCAUCGCCGUCUCCCUCGUCGCCGGAGGCCAUUCUGGAAUGGCUGCACAAGGAGAUGGGCUACCGUCCGCUCGGCACCUACGCUGCCGGCAAGUCGCACCUCCCGUCCGUCGACUCCAUCCGCCGGAUUUGCCGCGGCAACAUGAUUCCGGUCUGGAACUUCCUCGUCACGCGCGCCAAGUCCGAGAAGACCGUGCGGAACAUCCGCCGGAACAUCACCGUGCACGGCGGCGGCGGCGGGGACGGCGGGCGGGCGCUCGCCGGCGAGGGUUCCGAGACGACGACGAGGGAGGCGGCGUUGCAGGAGCGGGAUUUGGCGGCGAAGGAGGUGGAGAGGCUGAGAAACAUGGUGAGGAGGCAGAGGAAGGAUUUGAGGGCGAGGAUGCUCGAGGUUUCCAGAGAAGAGGCUGAGAGGAAGAGAAUGCUCGAUGAACGAGCCAAUUACAGGCAUAAGCAAGUGAUGUUGGAGGCCUAUGAUAGACAGUGUGAUGAGGCUGCCAAAAUAUUUGCUGAAUAUCAUAAACGUCUCUGUUACUAUGUAAACCAAGCAAUGGAUUCGCAAAGAUCAGGUGUGGAUUCUUCUGUUGAAAUGGCCAAUAGUUUUAGUGCCAAAAGUGAGAAGGAAGCUGUUUAUUCUACUGUUAAGGGCAGUAAAUCUGCAGAUGAUGUUGUUCUCAUUGAAACCACGAGGGAAAAGAAUAUUAGAAAGGCUUGUGAAUCUCUUGUAGAUCACAUGGUUGAAAAAAUACGGAGUUCUUUUCCUGCUUAUGAAGGAAGUGGCAUUCAUUUAAAUCCUCAGGCAGAAACAGCAAAAUUGGGGUUUGACUUUGAUGGGCAAAUUCCUGAUGAGGUUAGAACUGUUAUUAUAAAUUGCCUAAAGAGUCCUCCCCAAUUGCUUCAGGCAAUGACAGCAUAUACUUUGCGGCUGAAAAGUCUAAUCUCCAGAGAAAUAGAGAAAAUUGAUGUUAGAGCGGAUGCAGAGACCUUAAGGUACAAAUAUGAAAAUAACAUAGUUAUGGAUGUUUCAACAUCUGAUGGGAGCUCUCCUCUACAGUAUCAACUUUAUGGCAAUGGAAAGAUUGGGGUUGAUGUGCCUCCAGGAGGGAGUCAAAACCAGCUUCUUGAUAGACAGAAAGCUCAUGUUCAACAAUUUUUGGCUACUGAAGAUGCACUUAACAAGGCUGCAGAAGCAAGGGACAUGUGUGAAAAACUUGUGAAACGUCUGCAUGGAGGCACUGAUGUUUCUUCACGGUCAAUUGGUAUUGGAAGCACAUCCCAAAAUGUUGGAAGUCUUAGGCAACUUGAGUUAGAUGUUUGGGCCAAGGAAAGAGAAGUUGCUGGUUUGAAGGCAAGCUUAAAUACCUUGAUGUCUGAAAUACAACGCUUGAAUAAGUUGUGUGCUGAGAGGAAAGAAGCUGAAGAUUCUCUGAAAAAGAAAUGGAAAAAGAUUGAAGAGUUUGAUGCUCGUAGAUCAGAACUUGAGACCAUAUAUACAGCACUCCUUAAAGCAAAUAUGGAUGCUGCUUCAUUUUGGAGUCAGCAACCAUUAACUGCGAGGGAAUAUGCUUCAAGCACUAUAAUUCCAGCAUGUGCUGCCGUUGCUGAGGCUUCAAAUAGCGCAAAGGAUCUCAUUGAGAAAGAAGUGUCUACGUUCUAUCGAAGUCCAGAUAAUAGUCUCUACAUGCUUCCUUCUUCUCCACAGGCAUUGCUUGAGGCCAUGGGUGCUAGUGGACCACCUGGCCAGGAAGCAGUUGCAAAUGCAGAAAUAAGUGCAGCUAUUUUGACUGCAAGAGCUGGUGCUCGGGAUCCAUCAGCAAUUCCGUCAAUAUGUCGCAUUUCAGCUGCACUUCAGUAUCCUUCUGGCUUGGAGGGUUCAGAUGCUGGUCUAGCAUCUGUGCUGGAGUCCCUGGAGUUCUGUUUGAAACUUCGUGGUUCUGAAGCUAGUGUGUUGGAAGAUUUAUUAAAGGCUAUUAAUCUUGUCUAUAUUAGACGGGAUCUUCUUCAAAGUGGCAAUGCCUUGUUGAACCAUGCCGACUUUGUUCAACAAGAAUAUGAAAGGACUACAAGUUUUUCUUUGAAUUUGGCUGCUGAACAGGAGAAAACUACCAUGGAAAAAUGGUUGCCUGAACUUAAGACUGCUGUUUUGAAUGCUCAGCAGAGCUUGGAAGAUUGCAAAUAUGUCAGGGGAUUGCUUGAUGAAUGGUGGGAGCAACCAGCAUCGACAGUGGUUGACUGGGUAACAGUGGAUGGGCAAAAUGUAACUGCCUGGCAUAAUCAUGUGAAGCAGCUUCUUGCAUUUUAUGACAAGGAGCUAUUGUGAUUACAAUUUUAACGCACGAGGAGUGAGCAAAAUUUUGUGUAGUCUUAUUUGUCUAAACAUUUCCCGCUUAGCUGUCAACGUCAAAGACUACAUAUUCUGCUGCCUGGAGAUGCUGUGCGCAGUGGGUACUUUAAGCAGUGAUGUUAUCUGGGAGUGCGCCCUCUCUGAUAAACCGUGUUUUGGGAUGGAAAUAUGGCAGCUGUUGUCUAUUGAUAGACGAAGACCUUUAGAACAAAGAGUAACAUGUUUAUACUUUACAGAUCCUCUACCAUCCACUUUCUCUUCAAAAGCGUGAAAUGUGUGUAAUUUUAGAUUUUACUUUUAGGUAGUGGGGUGGAUUGUUCAUUUUAAUUGGAUGUGAUUAAUGGCAUUGAACCUUAUGAUUGUAGAGCUUUGUAAUUUGAUUUUUUGUCUGGCAGGAAAUUGAAGUUGACGACAUUUCAGCUUCAUUUACUGAAAUCUGGUUUGAUCUGGGGUAUACAAUUAGAACCGUCAAGGAAAAAGGUCAAGUUGAAUGGAUUCGCUGAGGGGAUGCUAGUGUAGUAAUACAUUUUAUUUUCUUUGAAAAUCACAAGGUGUAAUGGCCCACGAAACUUAAGUGGUACAGAUUCAAUGAUAUAAUGAGAUUUCUAGUGCUAAGAAAAACUUCAAAUUUCUUUAGAUUUCAAA